UAGACAGGUGAGGGUGUUGUAGUCAAACUGCCAGACUUCAUUUGUUUACACCUCGACAGAGCGGGAGGAAGAUAACAGGACUGGAGAAGAUGAGUGAUUCAAAAGAGGAGGAAGAGGACAGAUCUUCAGUCUCCAGCCGUCUGUCUCUGAAGAGUGACCAGUCUAGAGAGCUACCUCUAGUCUUCAAUAAUGAACCUCAGUCACAAAAAGGUAAGACGAAAAGUCCUGUUCCUGUCGAGGAGCAGCUCUCCAGCUGUGCUCUGUGUCAGGACGUCCUGAAGGAUCCAGUCUCUACCAGCUGUUUACACUGGUUCCGCAGACAGGGCAUCACCUCAAACUCGGACCAGCCAACUUCAUCGGGGGACUCCUCCUGUCCGGAGUAUGGAGAAAGAUCCAGAACCAGAGCUGCACUGCAGACAGACAUUCAGAUAAGCUCUGUACGAAAAAGUGGUCUGCAGGAGGUUUUAGAUGAACAUAGGAUCACUCUGAGGAGGAGAUGGGAACGUGUGAGUGAAGGAACUGAUGAAAGUGAAACCCUCCUCAACAGCAUCUACACUGAGCUCUACAUCACACAAGGACAGAGUGAAGAAGUUAAUACCCAACAUGAGGUGAGGCAGCUUGAGACAGCUUCCAAGAAAAAGACCCUCCAUGACACUCGAAUCAAGUGCAACGACAUCUUUAAAGCCUUACCUGACCAACAGACACGCAUCAGAGCGGUCCUGACCAACGGCGUCGCUGGCAUUGGAAAAACCUUCUCAGUGCAGAAGUUCACUCUGGACUGGGCCGAGGGUUUGGAAAACCAAGAUGUGAGUCUGGUGAUCCCACUUUCCUUCAGGGAGCUGAACCUGGUCAAAGAUGAGCAGUACAGUCUUCUCAGGCUGAUCCAUGUUUUCCAUCCAGCCUUACAGAAGGUCACAGCAGAGCAGCUGGCUGUCUGUAAAGUGCUGUUCAUCUUUGACGGCCUGGAUGAAAGCAGACUCUCUCUGGAGUUCAGAAACAAUGAGGUUGUGUCUGAUGUCUCACAGCAGUCCUCAGUCAAAAUGCUGCUGACAAACCUCAUCAGGGGGAAGCUGCUUCCCUCGGCUCUCGUCUGGAUAACUUCCCGACCUGCAGCGGCCAAUCAGAUCCCUCCUGAGUGUGUGGACAGGGUGACAGAGGUACAAGGAUUCACUGAUGCCCAGAAGGAGGAGUACUUCAGGAGGAGAUCCAGAGAUGAAGAACUGUCCAGCAGAAUCAUUUCUCACAUGAAGAGCUCCAGGAGCCUCCACAUCAUGUGUCUGAUCCCGCUCUUCUGCUGGAUCACUGCUGCAGUUGUGGACCACAUGUUGACUACAGACCAGAGAGGAAAGCUGCCUAAGACCCUCACUGACAUGUACUCACACUUCCUGCUGGUCCAGACGAAGAGGAAGAAGCAGAAGUAUGAAGGGGGACAUGAGAGGAGUCCACAGCAGCUGACGGAGGCUGACAAGGGGGUUCUUCUGAAGCUAGGGAGGCUGGCGUUUGAACAUCUGGAGAAAGGAGACAUCAUCUUCUACCAAGAAGACCUGGAGCGCUGUGGUCUUGAUGUCACCGAGGCCUUGGUGCACUCAGGAGUUUGUACAGAGGUUUUCAAAGGAGAGAGUGUGAUCUUCCAGAAAACAGUCUACUGCUUUGUUCAUCUGAGCUUCCAGGAGUUUCUGGCUGCAGUCUACAUGCUGCACUGCUACACCAACAGAGACACAGCGGUACUGAAGGAUUUCCUGGAAAAAGACUGGGUCGAUGACAACAGUGAUGAUAGUAAAGAUGUAUAUCCAUCCCUGGAUGCCUUCCUAAUGAGAGUCGUGGAGAAAUACCUCAGAAGUAAAAAUGGCGACCUGGACUUGUUUGUACGCUUUCUCCACGGCCUCACUCUGGAGUCCAACCAGAGACUCUUAGAAGGCCUACUGGGACGUACAGACAACAGCCCAGAAAUCAUCCACAGAGCCACCGACAACCUGAAGGAGAUAAGAAGUUUGGAAAUUUCUGAUUACAGGAGCAUCAACAUUUUCCACUGUCUGACAGAGAUGAAGGACCACUCAGUACUUCAUGAGAUCACAGAGUUCCUGAAGUCAGUGAACAGAUCAAAGAGGCUCUCUGUGAACCACUGCUCAGCUCUGGCCUACAAGCUGCAGAUGUCAGAGGAGGUUCUGGAUGAGUUGGACCUGGAGCAGUACAACACAACAGAGGAGGGACACCCAAGACUGAUUCCAGUUGUGAGAAUCUGCAGAGAGGCUGUAAUUCCUUACCUUGGAUUCCUAGACUGGGAAGUUGUGGCCUCAGCUCUGAGGUCUGGCCCCUCCUCUCUGACAGAGCUGGACCUGUGCGACGAUCUGGAGGAUUCAGUAGUGGAGGUGCUGAGUUCUGAACUGAAGAGUCCAAACUGCAGACUGGAGACCCUGAGACUGAGUCGCUGCAGUUUGUCAGAGAUCAGCUGUGCUGCUCUGCUCUCAGCUCUGAAGUCCAACCCAUCCCAUCUGAGAGAUAUGGUCCUGAGUGACAACGAUCUGCAGGAUUCAGGAGUGAAGCUGCUGAGUGAUCUUCUGGAGAAUCCACACUGCAGACUGGAGACUCUCAGACUGAAGAGCUGCAGUUUGUCAGAGAUCAGCUGUGCUGCUCUGGCCUCAGCUCUGAAGUCCAACCCCUCCCAUCUGAGAGAGCUGGACCUGAGUGAGAACUAUCUGCAGGAUUCAGGAGUGAAGCUGCUGAGUGAUUUUCUGGAGAGUCCACACUGCAGACUGCACGCUCUCGGACUGAGGUGGUGCAGUUUGUCAGAGAUCAGCUGUGCUGCUCUGGUCUCAGCUCUGAAGUCCAACCCCUCUCAUCUGAGAGAGCUGGACCUCAGUGACAACGAUCUGCAGGAUUCAGGAGUGAAGCUGCUGAGUGAUCUUCUGGGGAGUCCACACUGCAGACUGGAGACUCUCGGACUGUGGCACUGCAGUUUGUCAGAGAUCAGCUGUGCUUCUCUGGCCACAGCUCUGAAGUCCAACCCCUCCCAUCUGAGAGAGCUGGAGCUGAGAGAGAACAUUCUGCAGGAUUCAGGAGUAAAGCUGCUGAGGGAUCUUCUGGAGAGUCCACUCUGCAAACUGGAGACUCUGGGGAUCAAUAGGGAGAUGAUAACGGCCAAGAUACAGAAGAAAUGUGAAAGAAGGAUCUCAGGUAACUCAGAUGUGGAACAGGAUUUGGAGACAGACAGAAAGGUCUGAGAGGGUCAACUGUUUGCCCAUGUCCAUCUCAACAAGUGUCUGCAGGCAGCCCAUAAUCCUGCGUUUGGUUGUUACCUGUGUUUGGGUGGAUAACGUUCUCCCUGUAAUCAAAGUACUAGGGUUCCCUUGGAAAUGCUUUCAGACAAAGUCAGAAAAAGGCCAAGAAGAAGAAAUAUUUUUUAGCUCUUGGACUUCUUUAUUUUAUCACUUGGAGUUGAUUAAUGUCCAAUCAAAUGUUUCUAUUGAUUUAUAACAUUUUUAAAAUGAGCUCUGCCUGGUGUCAUUGAAAUGCUGGUAAUAAAGGUUUAUGCGCAUGUAGUCUUUAUGAAAUGUAAUCAUGUAUUAUUGUAACCUUUAAGAUGUCUUGUGAUAGGCUCAAAAUGAAAUGCAUGUCAGAGAGUGGAUUCAGCUCACUGUCUGUUGACGGGACAAGGGUCUGUGUGAAGAUGAAUUUCAAAUCAGAUCAAAUCUGUAGUAUAUGACAAUAAUAGUACACAAAGUAUUUACAAAGUACAUAAACAUAGAAAUAAAAACACUUUCUGUAAAACUUUAAAUGAAUAGUAAAUAAAUAUAAAUUGAAAACAUCAAA